AUGUCCGCCGAAAUCCCCGAAUCGAUCCCCACCUCGGCCGACCCGCGCUCCCAGCGGCCGAGCAAGCGGCGCGCCCUCACGCCGUCGACGGCGCAGGCCGCCUCCCUCGAGGCGCUGUUCGCCAAGCCCGACCGCGACAUCCGCCUCCCGCCGUCGGCCACGAACCGUCCGACGCACGCCGGCAGCCGGCCGCCCGAAAUCGUCACCAACGUGCAGGGCUCGUCCGCCGGCGCCGGCUCCGGCGAGUUUCACGUGUACAAGGCCGCGCGCAGGCGCGAGUACGAGCGCCUGCGCGACAUGGACGCCGAGGUCCGCCGCGAGCACGACCAAAAGACGUUUGUCGAGGACAAGCAGGGCCGCGACCGCCGCGACGAGGAAAAGACGAGGAAGAAUCGCGAGAGGAGGGACAAGAUGAAGGCGCGCAAGGCGAACAAGGGCAAACAACCUGCUGCUGCUGCUGCUGCUGCUGCUGCUGCUGCCGACAUCAUCACGCCCGCGGCGCAUGGCACUGGCAUCAAGCCCGCGCAGAACGAAAAAAAGAGAUAG